GGACUUUUACGUGGACGACGGCUUGAAAUCCUUCUCUUCUGUAGAAGCAGCAGUGGACCUACUAAAGAGAACGCAAGACACUCUCUCAGCAUCAAACGUGCGACUGCAUAAAAUUGCCUCAAACAGGAGAGACGUAAUGGAGGCAUUCCCAUCCCGUGAUCAUGCCAACAACUUCAAAGAUUUGGAUCUUGGCGCUGAUGAUCUUCCCAUGCAACGCAGUCUGGUCCUCAACUGGGAUUUGAUGUCCGACACCUUCGUCUUCAAGGUGAGCGAUGAAGAGAAACCCUUCACCCACCGAGGCAUCCUGUCUACUGUUAAUGGCAUUUACGAUCCUCUUGGAUUUAUCGCCCCAGUCACUAUUCAAGGCAAAGCCAUCUUACGAGAGCUUACAAGAGACCACGGCGACUGGGACUCUCCCCUUCCACCAGACAUGAAACAGACAUGGGUCACAUGGCGAUCGUCUCUAGAAGAUCUGGGAAGUCUCCAGGUACCUCGGACAUAUGCAGAACCCUCUCUGGCAGGAAUGUUGCGACGAGAUCUAUGUGUCUUUUGUGACGCCUCUACUAAGGCAAUCGCUGCAGUAGCCUAUCUCAGGCUAACAGAUACAGAGGGUACCAUCCAUGUAGGGUUUGCUAUGGGAAAGGCUAAGUUGGCCCCCCUUAAUGAACAUACGGUGCCGAGGCUUGAGCUUUGCGCAGCUGUCCUUGCUGUAGAACUGGCAGAGCUCAUCUCCUCAGAGAUCGACACACAACUGGAUGAGACUAUCUUUUACAGCGACAGUAAGGUAGUACUCGGUUACAUCAAGAAUGAGACCAGACGCUUCUACGUGUACGUCAGCAACCGAGUAUUAAGGAUAAGAAGGUCUUAUCGCCCUGAACAGUGGCAACAUGUGCCAACAGAACUCAACCCGGCAGAUAUCGCUACAAGGUCCGUUAUAGCUGCACAUCUCUCAGAUACCAGCUGGCUGUGUGGACCCCUAUUUCUGAAAGAGCCCUUGAAAAACCAGUCUGAAGAAGACAACUUUGAGCUAGUUGACCCUUCAUCAGAUCCAGACAUUCGUCCGCUAGUGUCAACAAUGAGCACAACCAUGUCAAGCAGACUACUUGGAUCUCAACGCUUCUCCAAGUUUUCAAGUUGGAAAUCGUUGACCCAUGCAGUCGGUCACCUUAUCCAUAUUGCUCGCCACUUCCAGAAGAACUCUGCAACCAAAGACAAUGUUUGCAAAGACUCCCAUCUCUGUCACGCGGUGAUCUCUACAAACGAACUCUUACAGUCUGAGCAAAUCAUCAUCUGCACUGUUCAACGGGAGAUCUACGCUGAUGAGUACAGCUGUCUGCAGAAGGAGGAAAGUCUUUCUAAAGACAGCCCCCUCAAAGCCCUCGAUCCCUUCAUUGAUAAUGAUGGCCUUCUGAGAGUUGGAGGUCGUAUCAAAGAAGCUCAACUUCAGCAACAGGAGAAAAACCCCAUCAUUAUUCCCGGCAGUCAUCAUGUAGCAGUACUCUUGAUCCGACACCAUCAUGAGAAAACUCAACAUCAAGGGCGACUGUUCACCGAGGGUGCCAUACGCAGUGCCGGAUUCUGGAUAGUUGGUGGAAAAAGACGGGUGAGCAGUGUGAUUCAUGCAUGCGUCAUAUGUCGUAAACUACGAGGCCCCCAUCAGACACAGAAGAUGGCCGACCUUCCGGAAGAUCGCCUCUCUACUGAACCUCCAUUCACAAAUGUUGGCUUGGAUGUGUUCGGACCGUGGGCUGUGUCUUCACGACGUACAAGAGGUGGCUUCGCUCAGAGUAAACGGUGGGCAGUGUUAUUUACCUGCAUGAGUGUUCGAGCUGUCCACAUUGAGGUAAUAGAAUCUCUCGACACGUCAAGCUUCAUCAACGCUCUUCGGCGUUUCCUUGCUGUUAGGGGCCCUGUGAAGCUUAUUCGUUCAGACCGAGGAACUAACUUUGUCAGCGCGUGUAAAGAGCUGAAGAUCUCCUCAAACAUCAUUAAUGCUUCGGUCGAGAAGUAUCUCUUGGAUCAAGGAUGUGAAUGGAAGUUCAACGCUCCUCACGCCUCUCAUAUGGGUGGUUCAUGGGAGAGGAUGAUUGGAGUAGCACGAAGGAUUCUGGACUCCAUGUUCCUCCAGCUGGGAGCUUCACGACUCACUCACGAAGCACUCACUACACUGAUGGCAGAGGUUGCUGCAAUCAUUAAUGCCAGACCUCUGAUCCCAGUGUCGACUGACCCGGACGACCCCCUCAUCCUUACUCCAGCGACCCUCCUCACCCAAAAGGUGAGUAUUCCUUCUGCCCCAGUCGGUGAUUGGAUCAAAGACCUUCGCAAGUCCCAGUGGCGUCAAGUCCAACAUCUUGCCCAAACUUUCUGGAGUAGAUGGAAGAAACAAUACCUUGCAUCACUUCAACCACGGAGAAAGUGGACGGCCUCCACCCCAGACCUUCAGCUUGGGAGUAUUGUCCUUCUCAAAGACAACCAGCUUGCAAGAAACGAGUGGCCUCUGGGCUUGAUUACUCAAGUCUUUCCAAGCAAAGACGGUAAGGUGCGGCAAGUGGAGAUCAAGGUCUACAGGAAAGAUGGGACUAAACUCUUCCUGCAUCCCAUUUCAGAGACAGUCCUCCUCCUUGCUCCUGAUUAGGAACAAUAAGAGCUGUAGGGACAUUUAAGUGAUGACAUUUGAUAAUGCCAGGCGGGGAGUGUUCUGCCACAGUUAUUAAGAUUACUUUAUUUAGUGUGUUUAUUUCCGAGUCAUUUCAGUUGGUUCUGUUAAGUGAACUGUACCUUUAAGAAACACGCAGAUAGGUCACGUGUUUAGACUCCAGAAGUAUUUCAGACAGGUGCGCACAACUCCGCCUCAUUCCUCGUGUUUCUCAGCAAACAACUAUCACAUCUUAUGCUGUUCGUGGCAUCGUUGUUUUACCCUUGCAAUUGUCAAUAAACCUGGCCUCCAUCAGUCAACCUGGUGUUCAGAGUUUUGAUGAGCGGAAGGUGUUGAACUUACUGCCUUCGUGUACAAGUGUGCUUAAGGAAGGCAGGAUACACAUAAUUAUAGAUGACAGUAAAAUACUUGGUUUGGAACAGAGGAGCAACUUCAAAUGAUAAUAUUACGCCUAUAUAAAAAAA